GUUACUCACACUGCGGACGAGUUUUCUCACUAUGAGGACAAGGUUUCUCACACUGAGGACAAGGUUCCUCUCAUUGAGGACAAGGUUCCUCACUCCGAGGACAAGAUUCCUCACUCUGAGGACAAGGUUCCUCACUCUGAGGACAAGGUUCCCCACUGUGAGGGCAAGGUUCCUGACUCUGAGGACAAGUUUCGUCCCCCUGAUGACGAGGUUUCUCACUCUGAGGACCAGGUUCGUCACUCCGAGGACAAGGUUGCUCAUUCUCAGGAUAAGGUUCCUCACUCUGAGCGCAAGGCUUCUCACUCUGAGGACAAGGCUUCUCACUCUGAGGACAAGGUUCCUCACUCUAAGGACAAGGUGCCACACACUGAGGACAAGGUUCCUCAUUCUGAAGUCAGGUUCUUCACACUGAGGACAAGGUACCUCACUUUGAGGACAAGGUUCCUCACUUUGAGGACAAGGUUCCUCCCACUCAGGACAAGGUUCCUCACUCCGAAGGCAGGUUCUUCACUCUGAGGACAAGGUUCCUCACUCUGCCUACAAGGUUCCUCACACUGCGGACAAGGUUCCUCACUCUGAGGACAAAGGUUCCUCACACUGAGGACAAAGUUGCUCUCUUUCAGAACAAGGUUCCUCACUCUGAGGACAAGUUUCAUCACUCUGAGGACAAGGUUCUUCACUCUGAGGACAAGGUUCCCCACUCUGAGGACAAAGUUUCUCACCCUGAGGGCAAGGUUCCUCACCCUGAGGACACGUUUCGUCCCUCUGAUGACGAGGUUUCUCACUCUGAGGACAAGGUUCGUCACUCCGAGGACAAGGUUGCUCAUUCUCAGGACAAGGUUCCUCACUCUGAGGGCAAAGUUACUCACUCUGAGGACAAGGCUUCUCACUCUGAGGGCAAGGUUCCUCACUCUAAGGACAAGGUGCCACCCACUGACGACAAAGUUCCUCAUUCUGAAGCCAGGUUCUUCACCCUGAGGACAAGGUUCCUCUCUUUGAGGACAAGGUUCCUCACUCUGAGAACAAGGUUGCUCCCUUUCAGGACAAGGUUGCUCACUCCGAAGGCAGGUUCCUCACUCUGAGGACAAGAUUCCUCACUCUGCCUACAAGGUUACUCACACUGUGGACAAGGUUCCUCACUCUGAGGACAAAGGUUCCUCACUCUGAGGACAAGGUUCCUCACUCUCAGGACAAGGUUCCUCACUCUCAGGACAAGGUUCCUCACUCUCAGGACAAGGUUCCUCACUCUGAAGGCAGGUUACUCACACUGCGGACGAGUUUUCUCACUAUGAGGACAAGGUUUCUCACACUGAGGACAAGGUUCCUCACAUUGAGCACAAGGUUCCUCACUCCGAGGACAAGAUUCCUCACUCUGAGGACAAGGUUCCUCACUCUGAGGACAAGGUUCCCCACUCUGAGGGCAAGGUUCCUGACUCUGAGGACAAGUUUCGUCCCCCUGAUGACGAGGUUUCUCACUCUGAGGACCAGGUUCGUCACUCCGAGGACAAGGUUGCUCAUUCUCAGGACAAGGUUUCUCACUCUGAGCGCAAGGUUACUCACUCUGAGGACAAGGCUUCUCACUCUGAGGACAAGGUUCCUCACUCUAAGGACAAGGUUCCACACACUGAGGACAAGGUUCCUCAUUCAGAAGUCAGGUUCUUCACACUGAGGACAAGGUACCUCACUUUGAGGACAAGGUUCCUCACUCUGAGGACAAGGUUCCUCCCACUCAGGACAAGGUUGCUCACUCCGAAGGCAGGUUCCUCACUCUGAGGACAAGGUUCCUCACUCUGCCUACAAGGUUCCUCACACUGUGGACAAGGUUCCUCACUCUGAGGACAAGGUUCUCCACUUUGAGGACAAAGUUCCUCACCCUGAGGGCAAGGUUCCUCACCCUGAGGACAAGUUUCGUCCCUCUGAUGACGAGGUUUCUCACUCUAAGGAGAAGGUUCGUCACUCCGAGGACGAGGUUGCUCAUUCUCAGGACAAGGUUCCUCAUUCUGAGGGCAAGGUUACUCACUCUGAGGACAAGGCUUCUCACUCUGAGGACAAGGUUCCUCACUCUGAGGACAAGGUGCCACACUCUGAGGACAAGGUUCCUUAUUCUGAAGUCAGGUUCCUCACUCUGGGGACAAGGUUCCUCACUCUGAUUACAAGGUUCGUCACUCGGAGAACAAGGUUCCUCACUCUGAAGGCAGGUUCCUCGCUCUGAGGGCAAGGUUCCUGACAAUGAGGACAAGGUUCCAAACUCUCACGACAAGGUUCCUCACUCUGAGGGCAGGUUACUCACACCGAGGACGAGUUUCCUCACUCUGAGAAGUAGGUUCCUCACUCUGAGGCAAUUUUCAUCACUCUCAGGACAAGGUUCCUUACACUGCGGACAAGGUUCUUCACUCUGAGAACGUGGUUCCUCACUCUGAGGACAAGGUUCCACAUUUUGAGGACAAGGUUCCUCACUCUGAGGACAAGGUUCCUCACUCUGAGGACAAGGUUCCUCACUUUGAGGACAAGGUUCCUCACUCUCAGGACAAGGUUCCUCACUCUGAGAACAAGGUGCCACACUAUGAGGACCGGGAUCCUCAAUCUGAAGUCAGGUUUCUCACACUGAGGACAAGGUUCCUCACUCUGAGGACAAGGUUCCUCACUCUGAGACCAAGGUUCCUCUCUCUGAGGACAAGGUUCCUCACACUGAGUAAACGGUUCCUCACUGUGAGAACAAGGUUCCUCACUCUGAGGACAAGGUUCCUCACUCUGAGGACAAGGUUCCUCACUCUGAGGACAAGGUGCCACACUCUGAGGACAAGGCUCCUCAUUCUGAAGUCAGGUUCCUCACACGGAGGACAAGGUUCCUCAUUCUGAAGUCAGGUUCCUCACACUGAGGACAAGGUUCCUCACCCUGAGGACAAGGUUCCUCACCCUGAAGGCAGGUUUCUCACUCUCAGGACAAGGCUUCUCACUCUGAGUACAAGGUGCCACACUCUGAGGACAAGGUUGCUCACUCCGAAGGCAGGUUCCUCACUCUGAGGACAAGGUUCCUCACUCUGAGGACAAGGUUCCUCAUUCUGAGGACAAGGUUCCUCACACUGAGGAGAAGGUUCCUCACUCUGAGGACAAGGUUCCUCACUCUGAGGACAAGGUUCCUCACUCUGAAUACGAGGUGCCACACUCUGAGGACAAGGUUCCUCAUUCUGAAGUCAGGUUCCUCAUUCUGAAGUCAGGUUCUUCACACUGA